UGUUACUUGUUACUAGUAACUAUUCAAAAUGGAUAACAACGAAGAGAGAUUGUAAUAUCUGGAAAAUUGAGUCUUAGUAAAUUAUCAUCACGAACGUUCGAAAUCAUGAGUCGUGCAGCAUUGUUUUUCGUGUACUUUAAAAAUUGUCUAAUACGAAAUACGACAUCAGUCCCUGUUAUCAGAUCGUUGAGUUUUUUAUAUUAAAUCAAUCAACGAAACUAACCUUAAAACGGCUAUCAAUCUCUAAGUCCACUUAUUCGCCGGUUGUUCCCAUUAAAUCAAAAUAAUUUAAAUUAUUUCGGUUUGAUCAGUAAUUUAAUUUCGAAGCAUCGAAUUAACCUACUUGGUACGGUAUGGAGAAUCAAUUGCGUUUAGUUGUGCAUUCAAAAAAAAUCGUUUACGACGAUUUAAUCGUCAGCCCUUUAUUUAUUGAUAAAUAUGUGAAAAAAGAGAAGUUGAACGAUGAAUCUACAAAUGAAACCGUCAGGAACGGAUCUAAGGCACGAUUUUAUGCGCCAAAAUAUUUGAAUGAUAGACAAAUUAAUUCCUAUGCUGUUUCCGCUUAUGUCGAUACCUUGAAGCGGUCAAAUUUUUACUGUCAAUCUGCCAUCGUACCUCUUUUAAAAUUGGUUUCAUCAGCAGCUCCUCAUGAUGAAAUUCCUGUGAUUUUUAUCAAAUUGAGACUACCAGACAAACAAUUUCUCGAUUACAGAUGGGCCGAAAGAACAAGUCGCAUGGCCAUGGAGAAAGCAGAAAUCAGCCAUGCCAUGUCCUGGCUUUCCACAUUGGGUGGUGCUUUUUCUGCGCUUGGAGAACAGUUCCAGCACUGUGCGCAAAUGGCAGGAAAAAUUUCAGUGCAUCAAUUUACGCUUGCCUUGAAAUUAGGAGAUCCUCUCUUAAUUGCAAGAUGCAAAUUAUAUGCAGCCCUAAGUAUGAUCCAACAGGGUAAUCUCAAAAUUCCAAGAAUUAUCAUUCAAAGCAUUUUCAAGUUUGCUCUGGAGCAAAAAGACGUUUUAUUGGCAAGAAUGUGUCAGGGGGUGUGGUCAAAAUUGCGUUAUUGUUACAAGUUACGAAGGGAACAGAAGAAAAAGUUGGGAAAGUGAUUAAGAAGCAUGUAAAUAUAUUCAGUUUCGAUGGAAUUUGGAGAUAAGAAUUUUGUAAGCUUGUAAAUAAAUAAUGAAACCAUGUUAGGUAUGGAAAUUAAAUAUUGCAAGAUGUGGAAA